AUCUCACUCUCUCACACUCGUAUCUCCGUCAUGGUCCGUCUCUCUCAGUCUUACACUGAUAUCUCACUCUCACAGACAUCACUCCCUCUCAGUCUCUCACACACCGCUCCUCUCUAUCGUAAUCAAACAUCGAUCUACAUUCCUCGGUCAAACGUCGAUCUCUGUCGCUCUAGGGCUUUGCUCUAGCUGUUCUUCAUCGAACUCGAACUUGAUCUCAAUCUGUUAUUCAUCUCAGAUCAAAUCAUUAUCAUUCUUCGAUUCUCUUCUUCUCUCUUCGAUCUCUCUGCAAAUCUCUCUCUCUCUAAACUCUAUUUGGAUCUAUCUGUGUUCGAUCAUGGAGAUGGAACGUGUGAUCGAGUUUCCACACGCGGACAUGGAUCGUCGUCCCAGAAAGAGACCGCGUUUGGGUUGGGAUGUUGCUCCUCAGGCCCUUAAGGUAUCAAAUCUGUUCUCUAGAUCUCUAAUUUCAUAAUUUUUUUUGGUUCUAUUUUUUGGUUCUAUUUUUUGCUAGAUCUGGUUGAAAUUAGAUACGUGGUAGAUCAGGUAUGAGAAAAUGUUUAUGCUUUUAUAAAUCUGUAAAUUUCAUGGUAGAUCGGGUUGGGAAAAAGGUUUAUUAUUAUUAUUAUUUUUUCUUAUGUAUAAUCAAUUUUUAUGUAUGAUCUGUAAAUUUCUGUCUUCCUUGGUGGAGAUGCGAAGUUACUUGAGGUAGAAAAGCUUGUUCUCCGUCUUUUCUUGAGCGUAUAUCUUCGAGAUUGUUCGAAUCCCUCUGAUCUAAAUUGAUCUAGGGCUCAAGGCAUCAGAUUGGAGUCUAGGACCAAAAGAAUGUAUACUACUGCUUGGAUGAUUGAAGAAUAUGAUAAUUAUCUUGGACCUGGUAGUGUAUUGAAAAUAUUGUCAGAUGUGCCAAUGGGUGACAGAAACAGGGCAAGCAGCCUUGCUGGUCAAGGCAAGCUCAAGAAUGUCCGGGUUUCCCACAGGAUUAGGAACCCCAUGGACUAUGAUGUCUUAAAGGAAACCAUUAGUAAUAUUCAAAAAUCUUUGAAGAAUGAAGAUAUUCCCUUGUCAAUCGCUGUAAUAUUUGAUAGAGAAUGGCUGCUUGGAGAUCCAUCCAGGGCAGACAAACAUUCCGCAUAUUCCGUUCUACUUGCUGAAAAUAUUUGCAACAAACUUGAAGUGAAGUUUACCAAGUUGAUGAAACUUGAGGUGCCUCUUUUGAUACCAAGAAGGGUUGGGCAAUCAUUGCAUCAAAAUUCAAGGAUAAAUCAACCAGGCAAUGUAGAAGAAGAUGGUACACUUACUUGAAUUCUGAUUUCAAGAAAGGGGGUGGUGUCCAGAGGAAGACUUGCUCUUAUGUGAGAUCCACUGCAGGCUCGAAAAGUAUUUGGUAACAGAUGGACUGAAAUAGCCAAAGUGGUCUCAGGGAGAACUGAUAAUGCUGUGAAGAACUGAUUUUCCAGUGUGUAAGAAGAGGGCAAAAUAUGAAGCCUUAGUGAAAGAGAAUGAUAACACUUCAUACAUCAAUCCAAACAACAAAAGGGUUAUCUUUCGAAAAGUUGUUACAUUAAAUUUCCAAGGAUAUAAAUUAGAAUUUUUAUGGUCUUCAAUUUGACAUUGUAAUUCAAAUUUGAGCCAAUUUGUGUUCUUUUAUAUUAAUUAUUAGUCAAUUCUUAAUCGCUGUUCCUAGUUAAA